AUGACGCCAUCCCCUAUUCCAGAUACCGAAUUCGAACAAGUCAUUGCUGAGCGUUAUCUGUUUGCUCCAUUUAAAAAUGAAUGUACAGCCUGGACGGUACUCAAUAAUGUUACUUAUGUGUGGCAGGCUGCUUCAUUGCCACAAUAUCAUUUUCAAGCUGCUGAGGGAGUUUGGUUACUAAUGGAGACCAAUACUAAUAUUUCAAACACUCAUCAGUCAGCAACUGGAACACUUCAAAUGUCUUAUAUGUCUUUAUCUGCCAACGGUACUUUGAUAGUUUUACCCGAGAUUGAUGUUAAGAGCAAUGCUAGUUUUUUGGUCGUAUCGCAUAAUACCAGCAGUGCACUAGCCUACACAGCUGCUCUUAUCUCACCACAACAUGUACAGUUAAUUUUAUGCGAUCGAUCGGAUGCUACUUUAUGUAGAGUGACGCGAACUAUUGUAUUUCCUUCUAUUCUGGCUAACACCACUAGAAUAACAUCUGGUGUAUUUGUAGAAGAUCAAGGCAUUGCAGGAUGGUUAUAUAUUGCUUCCGAUUCGGGUUUACAUGGGUUGGAUCUUUCUACAUUCAUGAUUGAUUCCUUUUUGAAUGGAAUUAAUGUAUCCGUAUCCUCUUUAGCAUGGAGUUCCAAACGAAAAACAGUAUUCGCUGGCACGGAAUUGAAACUUUGGAUUUAUACAUAUGAGACUACCAACCGUGGGUGGCGUUUUGAGCACAUUCGCGGACUUAUUGAUGCAGCAAUCACAUCAUUAGUAUAUAAUGAUGUGCAAGAUAAAUUAUGGAUUGGCCAAAAAACUGGAAUUACACUUCUCUCACCCGCUGUUAUGUCGACGGGGAAACUUCGUUGGUACUUUUCUAGACUGGCCGGACAAAUUUCGAAUCCUGGAUCAGACAUUGGCCAUCUUCCAUUUGCCAACAUUACUACCUUGAGUGUGAGUCAUUCUACAUUAUCUGAUAGUCGAGUUUGGUUAGGCGCUAUUCAUGGAGUCAUGCGUUUUGAUUCGAAUGAUACGGAUCAAAAUGCUUGGCGCGUGUUUAAUAGUCCUAGGUAUAUGCCUAAUCGUGACGCAUUAGUUAAUGUAAUUUCAUUGGCGGUAUUGAGUCGUCCUAGUAAUGCAACUGCUAGACUGGGUAGUGCUGCUGUAGCGGUUAGCAGCAAAGGCUUAUCCGUUCUUCGCUUUGAGAUGUGGACAUUGGCUAAAAAAGUAGAACAUUUUCAAGCGUUUUUCAACCAGCCAAACAGACAUGAAAAAUAUGGUCUGGUGUCUACUUGCCGUAUGUCAUCGUGGGGUGAUAGUCGAACGUGCGUCAAAGGAGCAACUAAUAGUGAUGCUGUUUGGACGGCCAUGUAUGUAAGCAGCCAAAGCUUUCGUUAUAAAGUGACACAAGAUAAAGCGGUCAAAGUAGCGGCUUGGAAAAUUUUUGAAGCAGUGGAAGUACUCAAUAAAAUCACAGGUAUCUCGGGUUAUCCUGCUCGCUCAUUCGCUAAACGCACUGACUUUCCGUAUGCACCUCAGUGGUAUCCUUCUCCAGUAUAUCCAACACUUCAAUACCAAGGUGAUACUUCAUCCGAUCAGAUCGCUGGAUAUGAAUUUGCUUUUCCACUUGUUCACGAUCUGUUAGCUGAAACCGAAACUGAGAAGAUAAGAGCUUAUACACUACUCUUAAAUAUGACUACUCAUAUUCUGAAGCAUGACUGGUAUUUAGUUGGCGAGAAUCAUACUUAUACAACAUGGGGUAUAUGGAAUCCAAUAUUUGUGAAUGAUGACUGGGGUUUCCUAGAUGAUCGAGGUCUCAACAGUCUGCAAAUACUGGCUUUCUUACUUCAAACUUAUGCUUACAGCGGUGAUGAGAUGUUUCUCGAUGGUGUUGAACUCCUUGUUGAAUCCUACCAAUACGAUGCCAAUCUUAUUAAUCCAAAAAUGAUUGCCGUUUGCGAUGAAGAUUUCUCAGAUGAUCAACUGGCUUAUCUGUCCGAUUUUAAUCUAAUUUAUGCAAUCGACACGAUUGCUACCACGACCAGAUUAUCUACAACUCAGAAAGCACGGGCAAAGUUGAUUACCGAUAAUUUAUUAGAACAUAUGAGGAUUGGAUUAGAUCUAACACAAAGUGGUCAGCUAAAUCAAACACGACAUCUGUUUAGCAAACCUUCUGCAUUUCCUUUUGAUUUCGAUUGUAAUUCCUUAUUAAAUGAUGGUGUCUGGCAAAUGCAGCGUUGGCCAUUGGAGCUUAUCAAUUGGCCACAAUACAUCAUUGAUCGUUUAGAUAUUCAACAAAAUUUUCCGGCUACCUGUGGAGAUAGACCACAAUCAUUGCAAAUGUUACCUCCUGAUGAGCGACUCAUUCAUAAAUGGAGCUUUAGUGUCUAUGACUUAUCGUUAUUUGAACAAGAUGGACUUCGUGAAGAAGAUCCGGUCGCUUUUCUGAUAAGUUAUUGGGCAAUGCGUUACUUUAACUUGCUAGAAUAA